UGCACAUCUGUUUUCUGAGCUUGAGGUGUUGUAUAGUUGCUGCAGCCCGAAGCAGGCCUCGGUCAAAGCUACGCCCACACGUAAAAGGUGCCGAGUAACCAGUGAUAUAUCGGAAAGAGCGCUCAGUGAGACCUCAACUCCAGGCCGGCUGAAUAACUUGCAUCAGAGACCGAGGUAACGAUCAUGACUGGAUCAUCAUCGUCCUCGUCGCAACAUGGUCCAGGCAUUAGCGGCAAGCUUGGCGUUAACCAGACACCGAAUAUCAUAGCCGCAAGGAGGGACAAGCCGAUGCACUCGCUCAUUGCGGGUGCUACGGCUGGUGCAGUCGAAGGCUUCGUGACUUAUCCGAUAGAGUACACCAAGACGGUGGCGCAAUUUGCUCAGCGGAAUGGGGAAAAGCCACCAGGGCCGAUACAUAUUGUCAGGUCGACCGUCGCCAAAGAUGGCAUCAAAGGAUUGUAUAACGGGUGUGGUGCCCUGGUGACUGGGAAUGCGGUAAAGGCUGGCGUGAGAUUUCUCGCGUUUGAUCACUUCAAGUCCUUGCUACGAGAUGACCAGGGGAGAUUGAGUGGGCCGAGGAGUUUGAUCGCAGGUCUAGGCGCUGGCAUGAUGGAGGCAAUUUUUGCAGUAACCCCGUCCGAAACGAUCAAAACCAAGCUCAUUGAUGAUGGCAAGCGCGCUGUGCGCCGGUAUCCGCCUACUUUGAUCGGCGGUACAGCAGCAAUUGUGCGCGAGGAAGGCAUCAGCGGCAUCUACCGCGGGUUAUUCCCCGUCAUGCUCAGACAAGGAGCCAACAGCAUGGUCCGUCUUGGCAGCUACAGCACCAUCAAAAAUCUCGUCCAGGGAUCGGCUCGACCAGGCCAGACGCUGCCUGGCGGUGUUACGUUCGCAAUCGGCGCCACGGCGGGUGUCAUCACCGUUUACACGACUAUGCCAUUUGACACUGUCAAGACGCGGAUGCAGUCGCUCGAAGCGAAACAACGGUACUCUUCGACGUUCAACUGCUUCACUACCACUGUGCGCGAAGAAGGCGUACGUGCGCUAUGGCGCGGAUCGACCACCCGUCUUGCCAGGCUCGUGCUCUCAGGCGGUAUCGUGUUCACCAUCUAUGAAGAGAUGAUGCAGGUCAUGGGGGCAGCUAGUGUAUAAAUCACAGCACGUGCCUACUUGGCUCAGCACUGCGGCUUCUCCGGAGCGAACAGUAUGGGCGCGAGCAGGAUGAGGACUUGCAUUGCUUUUUUUCAAGUGCACAACUGUUCUUCUCGCAAUCUGCAAUCUGUCGAUCACGCGAUUUUUCCCCACGCUAUGAACACUAACAACUUUUCUCGAUUUGGACUCAAUGAGUGCCCUCGC